AUGGAAAAUGGUGGACUGGAUUUAUCGAAACUUUCGCCUGGUGAAUUUCAAGCAUAUGGUAUGAAGAAUGCUUCUGAAUUUGAAUAUCGUGUAGAGCUAUCUUGUCGAAUUGCUUCAACUUUUAAAGUUCAACAUCUUAUUGUUUUGGAGGAUGUUGCAUUAACAGUAUCAAAGUCCGAAAGAGCAACCAGCUUUUUUGCUGUUCAGGUAAUUGAAUGCAUUGAGAGAUCCGUAGAUGAUAUUCAGAAUGACUAAAAUAAACAUGUAUUCAUGAAAAUUUCAGAUAUAAGUAAGAAUCAAACUCGUUCAUUUCUAGUGAUUAUAUUCAUAUAGGUUUUAAAUUAUUUAUUUGAGAUAAUGUAAAUAAUUGUACAUUUUUUUAAAAUAUAUUAUUCAAAACAAGAUAAUUAAACGAUCAUUAACAAUACAAGUGUCAUAGUUAGCUCGAAAAUGAAAUUAUCGAAGGAAAAUAUAUCGAAACUAUAUGUUGAAUAAAGUCAUGUUCUUUGUCUAUAGUUGUUCUGCAUGUAUAAUCAAUAGUAAAGGAAGAUGAAUCAUAAUCUUAUAAUAGUAAAUAAUAAUAAUUGUAGAAGUGUGUGGAUGUAGAUUAAUAGAAGACCCACAUCCACGCUUCUAGAUGUAAUGGAGUAUUUAGAUAGUUUGCCAUUUCAAGUUGAGAAACAAAAAAAUGACAUUUUUGUAAACCUUUUCUCUAUAUAUUGAUUGACUUGUUUAUUCCAGACAGACAAAUGAAUCGGAAAAAUAGUAUUCAAACACCAUGACUUACAACUACUAAAACAGUGCAGUAUGUCCCAGAAAACGUGUUUAAACUACUUAAAAAUGUUUAGCUUUUUAACACGUUAUCUCCGUUUAAAUGGAUAAGGAUGUGGAUGUCCACAACCAUUUAAACGUAGUUUUUGAGACAUAUCACACAGUUUUAACAGUUUGAAUAUCUGUGUGUGUGCGUAUGGCCCCUCUAUUAAGCUACACAUACACCUACAGCAAUACCCAACCUACAAACACAUAUUCGUAUUUCCACACCCACACCUGAAUUCUUUCGCUGUCUUAAUCCAAUAAUAACAAGAGGACAUCACGAUGUUUUUUCAAUUAUUAACGUAUGUGACGGUUGUUUAACUGUGGUACUUUUUAGUAAAAGAACAUACGUUUGACCAGGAUCAAAUUCAGCACUUUUUUAUUGGAAACGAUACCUUUCAUGGUCGUAUGAAGCUUGCAUUAAAUAUCAUAAUGUCACAACUCGAGUAUUCUAAAUAGAUAUAGGUAUGAGAUGGUCUCUCUCUCACGACGAAAUCAGGACCGGCACUAAAAACGAUUGACUCCCGCUAAUGUCUAUGCAACAUAGUACCUUGAAAAAGUAUGAAUAUGAUAAUUGCUUCUAAUUGUUUCUGAAUAUGCCUCAAGCAUAU